GAAUAGCAAAUUGAGCGGAAGCUGGAGAGAGACUCGAGAUUGUACGGAUCCGGCUUCCCGUGCCAUUAGAAGCGCUGGCGACAAGCGUGACCGGAGAAACAGCACGAAGAUGGCGACAAACCUGAUGAACCUACGCAAUCUCUUUGAGCAAUUAAUGCGGCAAGUGGAUGGACUAAAUGAGGGUAUAGAGCCACAGUUUAUUCAGCUGGCUAAGAAUUUUGAAGACUUUCGGAGGAAAUGGCAAAGAUCAGAGCAUGAACUGAUGAAAAAUAAAGAAAUGCUCAUGAAGACUGAAACGGAGCGCAGUGCGCUAGAAGUUAAGCUAAAGCAUGCACGCAAUCAGGUGGAUGUGGAGAUCAAGAGGAGGCAGCGUGCAGAGGCUGAAUGUGAAAAGCUGGAGCGGCAGAUACAGCUGAUACGGGAACUGCUUAUGUGUGAUCCAUCUGGCAGUAUUCAGCUCAGUGAACAGCAAAGAAGUGCUUUAGCUUUUCUCAACAACAGGACUCAAAUGUCUGCUGAUGGCAAUGGCACUAGGAGGCUCUCAACAAUAGAUGAAUCUGCUUCCAUCCUCUCCGACAUCAGCUUUGACAAAACUGAAGACUCUUUGGACUGGGAUUCCUCUCUUGUACGAAAUGUAAAGCUGAAGAAACGAGAGAAACGGCGUUCCUCUAGGCAGCAUACUGAAGGACCACCUGUUCCAAGCAAGCGAAACCGUUCCAUAGGAAUUGCACUGGAUCAGGGCAAUGAAUCAAUUAUCGCAAAAACAACUCUUACUGUCCCAAACAAUGGAGGGCCUAUUGACGUUGUUUCCUCAAUUGAGACUGUACCAUACUAUAACACUCGAAUCCGUAGGACUGGAACACUGCAGCCCUGGAAUAGUGAUUCCAGUUUAUCGAGUCGGCACCUUGAUGAUAAAGGUGAAACAGACAGUUGCAGAACUCCACAGAAUGGAGGCAUGCGUCUACAUGAAUUUGUAUCAAAAACGGUGAUUAAACCUGAGUCGUGUGUUCCAUGUGGUAAAAGAAUAAAAUUUGGAAAAAUUUCACUGAAGUGCCGCGAUUGUCGUGUUGUAGCUCAUCCAGAGUGUCGUGAACGAUGCCCACUCCCAUGUAUUCCUACAUUGGGUGGCACUCCAGUCCGUAUUGGAGAGGGUAUCCUUGCUGAUUUUGCUCCACUGACAUCUCCAAUGAUUCCUCCAAUAAUUGUUCACUGUGUCAGUGAAAUUCAGCAGAGAGGACUUCAUGAGACGGGCUUGUAUCGAAUUUCUGGCUGUGACCGCACAGUGAAGGAUCUUAAGGAAAAGUUCCUCAGAGGAAAGAGUGUUCCUCUUCUAAGUAAGGUGGAUGAUAUUCAUGCGGUUUGUGGAUUCCUUAAGGAUUUUCUACGAAAUCUCAAGGAGCCACUUCUCACAUUCCGGCUCAAUAAAACUUUCAUGGAAGCAGCUGAAAUGGCAAAUGAAGAGCGCAGCAUAGCAGCUAUUUACCAAGCUGUAGAUGGGUUGCCAGCAGCCAACAGAGACACUCUAGCUUACUUGAUGAUCCAUCUUCAAAGAGUGGCCCAGAGCCCAGACUGUAAGAUGGAUGUGAGCAAUCUGUCCAAGGUAUUUGGCCCAACUCUUGUUGGUCACGCAGUGUCGGAUCCUGACCCCAUGACAAUCCUUCAAGAUACAAGGCGACAACCUAUGGUCCUUGAAAGGCUGCUGUCGUUACCUGCAGAAUACUGGAACCAGUACAUGAUGGUAGAAAAUAUUGACCCCAAUCACAUUAUUGAAAAUUCCAAUGUUUUUAGCACUCCCCAGACUCCUGAUGCCAGAGUCAGCAUGUUAGGACCCCUUACUACUCCAGAGCAACAAUUCAAUAAAACUCCAUCAUCCAGCUCCCUCUCUCAGAGGAUGAAAUCCACAAUUAGCAAAAACACCCCAAUGUUUGGAAGCAAAAGUAAAUCCGCAAGCAGCAUCCCUAGACAAGGAAACUUUUUUGCCUCACCGCUGCUAAAAUAAAAGGCCUGGAAGAUGCAAGUCAUACACUACUCCUGGAGUCUACUAAUCUACACUUUGCUUUUAAACACUUAAUGCAUUUUACUGAAGGGAAUUAUAAAACAUUGUACUGUAUAGCAAGUCUGCUGCCAGCCAUUAAGAGUUUUAUAACUGUGCAUUUUUAUUAUUUUAGUCGGCUGUUCUAAAAUCUUCAUUGUAGAAGCUCGUUUUAAGUUUUUAAUUGUUCUGGAUUGUUUUAUGACAAGGUCUGAAUGUUUUCCAGUUUAUAUUGGAGUGAGCAGGUAAACAAUACGGUUUGACAUAAAUGGAGUUGAUCAAAAAAAAAA